UGGUGGGGAGUGGAACACCUGAAAUGUCACGGAUGGAUUAUUGGAGGGGUUGAACACCUAUCAAUCACGCUUGGAGGGGAUUGGAGCUCCUGAGAGCGACCCAUGAAUCACAAUGUUUGUAGAAACAGUCACAUGCCUAGGGGAGGGGAUUGUAUACACCUGUUCACAUGGGAGGGGAUUGGAACACCUGAAUCACAUGAUAUGGAGGGGAUUGGAACACCUGAAUCACAUGAUUGGGAGGGGAUUGGAACACCUGAAUCACAUGAUUGGGAGGGGAUUUGAACACCUGAAUCACAUGAUUAGGAGGGGAUUGGAACACCUGAAUCACAUGAUAUGGAGGGGAUUGGAACACCUGAAUCACAUGAUAUGGGAGGGGAUUGGAAACACCUGAAUCACAUGAUUGGAGGGGAUUGGA